GUCGAGUUGACUCCGGAAAUAUUCGGCACCAAGUUUGAUGUGAUUCUGAUUGAUCCCCCCUGGGAGGAGUAUGUGCGGCGGGCGCCGGGCAUGGGGGACGAGAUAGAGUGGUGGACGCCCCUAGAGAUCAUGGCACUGAGAAUCGAGGCCAUAGCAGACACGCCUUCUUUCGUCUUCCUGUGGGUGGGGGAUGCUGAGGGCCUGGAGUAUGGGCGCAUGUGCCUCAAGAAGUGGGGAUUUCGGCGCUGUGAGGAUAUUUGUUGGGUGAAGACCAACCGUGAGAAGCCUGAUAGCCCCUGGGGGCAUACUUCCGAGACUCUGUUUCAACACUCCAAGGAGCACUGUCUGAUGGGCAUCAGGGGCACAGUGAGGAGGAGCACAGACGGCCACGUCAUUCAUGCCAACAUUGACACCGAUGUGCUUAUAUCGGAGCAGCCGCCGUUUGGGAGCACGGAGAAGCCUGAGGAGCUCUACUCUCUGAUCGAGCACUUUGCCCUCGGGCGGCGGCGCAUCGAAUUGUUUGGCGCUGACCACAAUAUCCGGGCAGGCUGGCUGACCGUGGGGAAAUCUCUCACCUCCUCAAAUUUCAACCCUCAGGAUGCUUUUCUUCAUGCUGUUGUAUUCUCCGUGGCCGUGGUGGAUGCACCAUCUGUCCCGCUCCCAUUGGCCUUCGACCUGUGGAUGGACCGAGAGCUCAUCCCUUCCUGGAUGCCCUGGAUUGCUUCAGUAAAAGUGCGUGACGACAAACCAGAGCUCUCCACGUGGACCCUUCACUACACCGCGUUUGGGCAGAAUUUCGAGUUUUCAUGGCUGGCCAAGAACCUGCAGCCCAUCCACCAUCAGAAGAUCCACUGGAGAUCCCUAGAUGGUCUCCCCAACAGUGGGGCUGUCCGUUUCUUCCCCAGUGGUCCUAACGGCUGCAAGCUGGAGAUGACCAUUUCAUAUGAGGUGCCCGGCAUUCUCGUCCCCGUUGCGAACAGCCUAGCCCCAUUGGUGCAGAGCAUCAUUCAAGCCGACCUUGAGCGGUUUGUGGAGUAUGCCAAAAAGAUACAGCAGCAGAAGGCUAAAUAA